AUGUUAGCCGUCGGGAUGGCACCUUAUGCUCAUCUGGCGGUUUAUAAAGUAUGUUUUGGUCUAGAUUGGCCAGAGAGUGACAUCUUAACCGGGCUUGAUGCUGCAGUAGCUGAUGGAGCUGAUGUGAUAUCAAUUUCUAUUGGAGAAAAAAACAUGCCUUUUUUUCAAGACAGCAUUGCAAUAGCCUCAUUUGCAGGUAUCCAAAAAGGAAUAUUUGUGAGUUGUGCAACAGGGAACUCAGCCAAAAGGCUCCCCUUCUUCUACACUUUUACCACUCGUGUGAAUGCAGUAAAGUUCAAUGAGUAUUCAUCUGUUGUUGUAGCAGCAGGGUAUGAUCGUUCCUUACGUGCCUGGGAUUGUAGAUCUCACAGCACUGAGCCAAUUCAGAUCAUUGAAACCUUUCUAGACAGCGUUAUGUCUAUUUGUUUAACAAAAACUGAGAUUAUUGCUGGAAGUGUUGACGGAACUGUACGGACAUUUGACAUCCGGAUUGAUGGAACUGUAUCUCUCUAUCAAAUGAUGUUUUAUCUUGUUUCUGAUAUAGCCGUGAAAGAACUCAUUGCAGUUGCCACCAACAGAGAAGGUAAAGUUGGUGGAAGAAAGGAAUAUGUAGCCACUUGA